CUCAAUACGUAUAUACAUACAAACAUACAUUCAUUGAUCUUUUCCCUAACCUAACCUAGCGAACCCUUUCCCCCCUUUCAUAUAAUAUUUUUGGUGAAAGAUUGAAAAAGACAGUCAUUUUAUCUACAGUUCACUUCUUGCUAGUAUUUUAUUUUAAAUCAAUCUAUCAUAUCAACUACUUCAAGAUCUUGUUCAUUCAUUCCUUCUUCCUUAUAGUUAUCAUCUAGUUUGACCACAUCGUUUAUUUGAUUGGAUUGAUUAAUUGAUUAAAUUUUUCAUAUCAUUUAUUGCUUUUCUCAUAGCUUUUUUUAAUUUUUUAUUUUCAUUUGAGUUUUAUUAUUUUAAUCUACGCUUAAUUGUUUUUAUAUUCCUUAUUUGUAUAUUUCAAAUCAUCAUUUCAAUAUAUUUUAAUAAAUUAACCUCGUACGAUGUCAUCAUCAUCUCCAAAUAAAAAUAAUGGUCCUCCUCCAGGUUUGAAAAAACCUAAAAAUUUACAUAUUGCUCAUAGAAGAUCCCCAAGUGAAUUAACUACUUUAAUGGUGGAACAAUAUAAUUUACAACGUCAAUUAGAACAAGUUCAAGCUCAACAAAAACAAAUCUUGCAACAACAACAAUUGGUGGCUCAACAACAACAAUUCACUUAUCCUCCUGUCUCAUCAGGGUCUAAUCAAACUGAAUUAAUGCCUCCUCCAUUAAACUUUCGUUCUUCUCAUUCAAGAUCAUCUUCAAUUAAUAACAGCAACAAUAACAAUAAUUCACACAGAAGAACUGGAUCUUCAAGUGGAAAUACUCCUAAUAAUAACAAUAAUAAUAACAAUAAUAAUAAUAACAAUGGUAAUGGCAACGGAAAUAAUAUCACUACCCCGGGUCAUGCCAGAAGACAUUCAUUAGGUUUAAAUGAAGCUAUUAAAGCUGCUGCUAAUCAAAGAAAUAAUAAUCGUACUUCAUUAAGUCCUUCUGCAUCAACUACUUCAACUUUGUCUCAGAGUGAAACUGACAAUAGUGUUGGUUCCUUCAAAUUUCCUGCCACUCCAUCAUCUGACGUUGAUAGUAAUGAAUCAAUAAGUCCCCCAAUAAGUGCUCCAUCUUCAUCACACAAUCGUUCAAGAUCAUUAGCUUAUGGUCAACAAUCAUUUAAAUUCCCUCCAUCAUCUUCAGCUGAUAAUUUAUUACCACCAACUCCAAAUUUCUCCAUAACUCAUAGUCCUGAAAGAGGUCAUAAUAGAAAAUCUUCUCAUUAUAGAACAGGUUCAAGAAAUUUCGAUUCAAAUGGUAUAAACUCAAAUUGGAGAAAUCAACAAUCCCAAUCCCAACCUCAAUCUCAACAAUCUCAAUCUCAUCAUUUAGAAACUCUGCUGGCUUUUGUUCCUGGUCACAAACCUCGUAAUAGUUCAUUCGGUGGUGGUUCUGUAUCUUCACUUUCUCAAUUCAUUCCUCCUAAUCCAAAUGCUGCCGUUUCUAAUAAUGGUCGUAAAUCACUUUUUGCUCCUUAUUUGGCUCAAUCAUCCUUACCAGAUUUAAUUAAUGAAGGUCGUUUAGUUACUGGUAUCUUAAGAGUAAAUAAAAAGAAUCGUUCUGAUGCUUAUGUUUCUACUGAUGGAUUAUUGGAUGCUGAUAUUUUCAUUUGUGGUUCGAAAGAUCGUAACAGAGCUUUAGAAGGUGAUUUAGUUGCUGUUGAAUUAUUAGUAGUUGAUGAAGUUUGGGAAUCAAAAAAAGAAAAGGAAGAAAAAAAGAGAAGAAAAGACAAUACCUUGACUUCCAGACCUUUAAAUGAUGAUAUUCAUAAUGAUGCUACUUCUUCUGCACCAUCAACUGCUGAUGGUAAUGAUGAAACUUCUAAUGGUGAAAAUGAAAGUGGUUUAGUUAGAAGAGGUUCAUUAAAACAAAGACCAACUAUGAAAAAGAAUGAUGAUGUUGAAGUUGAAGGUCAAUCUUUAUUAUUGGUUGAAGAAGAAGAAAUCAAUGAUGAAGUUAAACCAUUAUAUGCUGGUCACGUUGUGGCUGUUGUUGAUCGUAUUCCAGGUCAAUUGUUUGCUGGUACUUUAGGUUUAUUAAGACCAGCACAAGCAGCUCAAGCAGCCAAAGAUAAAAAAGAUGGAAAAGAAUCAAAUGUUCAAACUCCAAGAGCCCCAAAGAUUGUUUGGUUCAAGCCUACUGAUAAGAAGGUUCCUUUGAUUGCUAUUCCAACUGAGCAGGUUCCAAAAGAUUUUGUUGAAAACCAUGAAAAAUAUUCAGGCGAAUUGUUUGUUGCUUCUAUUAAAAGAUGGCCAAUUACUUCAUUACAUCCAUUCGGGACUUUGGUUAGUAAAUUGGGAAAAAUUGAAGAUCCAAAUACUGAAGUGGAUUCAAUCUUAAGAGAUAACAACUUUUUAUGUGACGAAUACCAUGAUCAAACUUUCCCAAUUGAAGAAGAAGAAUUUGAAAAUGAAUUGAAUAAUACCACUAGAUCGGAAUACUUGAACGAUUAUAUUAUUUCCUUCACUCAAACCGGAUCCUUUGUUGAUCAUGCCUUACAUGUUAAAAGACUUUCUGACAACAAGAUUGAAUUAGGAUUUCAUGCUGUUGAUAUUUCAUAUUUUGUUAAGCCAGGAUCGAAUUUAGAUCGUAAAGCAAAGAAAAGAUCUUCUUCAGUAUUUUUACCUCAAAAAGUUGAACAUUUAUUUCCUCAAUCAUUAAUGGAUACUGUAUCAUUUAAAGAAAAUGAAAAGAAUUUAGCUGUUUCUGUAAUUUUUGAAAUUGAUACCACUAACUUUGAAGUUGAAGAUUUAUAUAUUCAUGAAUCCAUCAUUGUUCCAAAACAAUUAGUUACUUAUGAUGCAGUUGACAUCAUUUUAGAAGGAAAAUCAGUGGAUUCUAUUUCAUCAGCAACAUCAGAUUAUAUCAAGACAUUUUGUUUGAUUGCCAAAGAAUUCCGUCGUCAAAGAUUAGAUAAUCGUGAAUUGGGUAUUGCUCCAAACUUGACAUUAUUAGAUCAAUUGGAUGAUGAAAAGGUUAGAUUAAACUUAAAUAUCUUUAAGGAUAGUUUAGCUUUUGAUGUUAUUUCUGAAAUUUCACAUAAAGUGAAUAAUGCCAUUGCUGCUAAAGUUCAUGCUGGGUUAGGAGAUAAUGCAUUUUUACGUCGUCAUCCAAUUCCAACCUUACAAAAAAUGGAAACGUUUGUUAGAAAAGCUGAAAAUCUUGGCUUUAAAAUUGAUACUUCAACUUCAGCUACUUUACAAAAUUCGAUUUUGAAAAUUCAAGAUGAAGAUAAAAGAAAAUGUAUUGAGACUCUUUUAUAUAAAUGUAUGACAAGAGGAAAAUAUUAUGUUGCUGGAAGACAGGAACCUGACAAUUAUUCACAUUAUUAUUACAAUUUCCCAUUGUAUACACAUUUCAAUGCUCCUUUAAGAAGAUAUGCUGAUUUAAUUGUCCAUAGACAAUUAAAACAAGUAUUGAAUAAGACUAAUGAAGAACAUGACAUUGAAGCCAUGAAAUCAACCACUGAUUAUUGCAACUUUAAGAAGGAUUGUGCUGCUAGUGCUCAAGAACAAGCCAUUCAUUUAUUAUUGUCACAAACUAUUAAUGAAAUCAGUGAAAGUGCUGGUCAAUUAUUAUGUAUGGGUAUUGUUGUGCAAGUCUAUGAAUCAUCAUUUGACGUAUUUAUUCCUGAAUUUGGAGUUGAGAAAAGAGUUCAUGGUGAUCAACUUCCAUUAGUUAAGGCUGAGUUCGAUAAGAUUGAUCGUACUUUAGAAUUAUAUUGGGAAAAAGGUAUUGAUUCUGCUACUUACAUUCCACCUGAUGAAAAAUCUUCAUUAUCUUAUAGAAAUUCGAUCAAGAAUAAAUAUAGAACUUCAGCUUUACAAGCUGCAAAGAUCCAAAAUAAGACUGUUUUGGAAAAGAAUAAUGUGACUAAUGAUUCUAUUAUCGAAAAAUUAGCAAACUUGAAUUUAGAUCCACCAAAGUUGUCCAUUCCAGCUUUAAAAUCAUCAUCCACCAAUGGAGAUAAGAAGUUAGGUGAUCUUGCUGUCGUCAGAGGUGAUUCUACAAGAUCAAUGCCAUCGUCUCCUACCAAAUCUGUAUUUCCAAAGAAUAUUAGAACCAAUUCUUCUUCUAUAAUCAAAGAUGAUAUUUCUACUGAUUCAUUCAGUGGUCUUGCUCCUUAUUUACAAGAUACAAUUACUCGUGUUGAAGGAGAUUCAUAUGUACAAGUCAUUAAAGAAUUAAUUAAAGUUCCUGUUUUAAUCAGAGCUGAGAUUGGUAUGGCUUUACCUUGUUUAACAGUUCGUGUAUUAAAUCCAUUUACUGAGGAGCAAUGAGUUAAUAAAUUUAAUUUUACUUUUUAAUUUUUUUUAUUAUUAUUAUGAGUUUAACGAUUUUCUCUAUAUUUAUAUAUAUACCUUUACAACUGUGAGUUACUUCAUUUCUCAAUUUUAUUUAUUCUAUUUAUUUUAUUAAUUAAUAUUCUUCAUUUUUUUAUCAUUUUUGGUUUCUUUGUUUCCAUCUAUUUAGUUAGUUCUUAAGUAA